GCUCCACCCACAAUCCCCCGCGCGUGCACAUCAUGGCAGACGAGCAGACGCUGGAGUCGCAGUCCGCAGCUGCACAAAAGCAGAUUUUACCGAACGGAGACUCUCACCUUCCCAAAGAAGACGCGGAUCCGGUUGACGAGACCGGGAAGAAGAAGAAAAAGAAGAAGAAGAAGGGAAAAGCGGGAGCCGUAGGAGACCACGAGGGCGAAGGAGAGUCUGACAUCAGCAAACUGGCAAAUCAACUGGAGCACAAGACAUUAGAGGACCGAGAGAAAGACGAGGAGGCAGAGGAAGAUGGCGAGGAAGGAGAUUCAGCUGGAAGGAAGAAGAAAAAGAAGAAGAAGAAGAAAGGAUCCAAAGUUCAAACAGAUCCUCCAUCUAUCCCCAUCUGUGAGCUUUACGCCAGUGGAGUUUAUGCCAAGGGCCAGGAAUGUGAAUAUCCACCGACGCAAGACGGACGUACUGCAGCAUGGAGGACGACCAACGAGGAGAAGAAGUUCUUGGAUCAGGCUAAUGAGGAGAUGUGGAGCGACUUCAGACAGGCGGCCGAGGCCCACCGGCAGGUCAGGAAAUACGUCAUGAGCUGGAUCAAACCGGGCCUGACCAUGAUCGAGAUCUGUGAGAAACUAGAGGAUUGCUCUAGGAAGUUGAUCAAGGAAAACGGUCUGAACGCCGGUUUGGCAUUUCCGACCGGCUGCUCGCUGAACCACUGCGCCGCUCACUACACCCCUAACGCCGGAGACUCCACCGUCCUCCAGUAUGAUGAUGUCUGCAAGAUCGACUUCGGCACGCACAUUAACGGUCGAAUCAUUGACUGUGCCUUUACUGUCACCUUUAACCCAAAGUACGACAAACUGCUGGAAGCUGUCAAAGAUGCUACAAAUACUGGAAUUAAGUGUGCAGGUAUUGAUGUCCGUUUGUGUGACAUUGGAGAAUCGAUUCAAGAGGUGAUGGAGUCCUACGAAGUGGAACUCGAUGGAAAGACAUAUCAAGUGAAACCGAUUCGAAAUCUCAAUGGUCACUCUAUUGGACAGUACAGAAUACACGCAGGCAAGACGGUGCCCAUAGUGAAAGGAGGAGAAGCCACUAGGAUGGAGGAAGGAGAGGUUUAUGCUAUCGAGACCUUCGGCAGCACUGGGAAAGGCAUGGUGCACGAUGACAUGGAGUGUUCCCACUACAUGAAAAACUUUGAAGUCGGUCACGUGCCAAUAAGACUCCCCAGAGCCAAGCAUUUGCUGAACGUGGUCAAUGAGAACUUCGGCACUCUGGCCUUCUGCCGCCGCUGGUUGGAUCGCCUCGGUGAGACCAAGUAUUUAAUGGCACUGAAGAACCUCUGCGACCUGGGCAUCAUCGACCCCUACCCGCCUCUGUGCGACACCAAAGGCUGCUACACGGCUCAGUUUGAGCACACCAUCCUGCUGAGACCCACCUGCAAGGAGGUGGUCAGCCGAGGAGACGAUUACUAGGCCUCAGUUGUGAUAAAUCUCGUAACACAUGAGUAUUCUGAUGGCUGAAGGCCUGAGUGAGUUAAUGAGCUGUGCCUUCUCAUUUUUAACAUGCUAGUAUUUGUUUGUAUAAAGGAUGAAUGGAGGUAAAGUUGUCCACUUGUAUAAUCACCGGCACAGAUGUGUACUUACCCCCCCUCCACCCGUAAAGUGCUCUAGAACCAUUUUUGAAAAUGCUGACAACAAUCCGGUGCACUUUUGUUGAUCGAUAUGAGCAACCCAGAGAAAUGUGAGUUUAAAAGCACGUUUUUAGAUCCUCUGGAUUAGCUGUGUUACACAUUUGCAGCUGCAUGGUUUUUUUUUUUUUUUGUACACAAGGCUUAAUAAUUCCUGCCCUUAAAAAAUUAGAAAAUGCUUUUUUUUUUUUUUAUUAUAAUUUUUUUUUUUUUAUCAAGUGCUGUUUCUCUUUUUCUUUCUUUGUUUCUUCUUUUGAUUCAGUUACACAUUUAGGCUGCAAAAUACUACGAGACAUUACAGGUGGGGUUUGGCUGUGUUUUAGCUCAAGAAUGGACUUAUGCAACAUAAUAAAAUACUCAUUCAAACACAUGCUUUCCUCCAAGAACGGGGCACUCGUAACAAAAGUGGCGAUGUUGAUAUAUGUAAGCAUCUAUAUUUUGCCUAUGCUUGAUUUCAGGUAACGCCUAUUUGAAAUCAAUCACCUUUCUCAGAAUAAAGCACGUGUGGUAUUUUAUUUUGAAGUGCAAAUAAAAUUUCUAAGAAACUA